GACAAUGAAGGCCAAUGGAACAAACAAUGGCUGUAGCCGCCUAAACACGCCAUUGGCAGCCACUACCACACUGGAGGAUCCGGGAACGCCAGCCUCUUGGAAGGGCCCGCCGCCCGGCUCGGAGGCAUCGCCCUUUACACCCAACUCCGUUGGCCAGGGUGGUGGCCCUGGUUCAGGUCCUUACAACAGUACAGGUGGUCCACCGAGUAAUGCGGCCUUCCAAGGCCCAAGUCCGUUUCCCGGUGGCGCUGGUAGUCCAGCGGGGGCGCCUCCUUAUCAAGGACCUCCACCUGGUUCCGCGACACCCCAAUAUACUGCCUCGCCGGCGCCUAGUGGUUCCUCGACACCUGGUCCUGGACCACCGCCGAAUUCGUCGGGCUUCCCUCCGCCGCCGAAUAAUUCCGGGCCUCCGUACAAUGGGCCCGGUCCAAGUCCGUUCGGCUCGCCAUCUGGCGGGCCGCCGCAGUUCGUCGGUCGACCCGGUUCCUCGGGACCACCGUUUGUACCUCCGGGAGCAGGGAAUCCUCACUUCCCUUCGCACGGACAACCGUUUGGCGGACCCCAAUACGGACUGCCACCUGGAAGCCCGUUUGGACCCGGUCACCCGAUGACAGGGCCUAUCGGGCCUGGACAUCCCGCGAUGAUGGGACCUGGCGGACCCGUCGACAGGAUAGACCAAGGGUAA